AUGGUCACGAUUUUAAGGAGGGUUGACCAUAGAUUCACCUCCUCUUCAUCUAGUUACAAGGAGCCCGUGACUCAACAUCACAACAUCUUCUCCUUGAAAAAGCUGGGUGAGAUGCACUACUUUCUUGACAUUGAAGUAGUUAUAACCCCAAAUGGAUCAAUCACUCUCAAGCAGACAAAGUACAUCAAGGAUCUUCUGAUAAGAGCUAAAAUGAGCAAUGCAAAUCCUGUGCCCACCCCUAUGACUUCCUCACUGAAACUGUCUGCCUUUGGAGAUGGUUCAUUUAGCAAUCCAUCCCUGUACAAGUCCAUCGUAGGUGGUCUGCAAUAUGCCGCAAUCACAAGGCCUGAAAUAUCUUUUUCUGUGAAUAAGGUGGCAUAA